AUGUCGAACUUAUGGCCAACUCAUCUUUUGCUCGUCCUCGUUUAUUUGGUAUCGGUGUCCUUCAAUCCUCUGGUAGCGGUAGCGCUCGUCAAUAGGACUAUCGAUGACACGUAUGGCGAUCUAGUAACAGGCUUCAAACCGAUAUACUUUCCUCACAGUCCGAAGGACUCGAACCCUUGGAAUAAUCAAGAUUGCCACCGCUGUGCCAUUACGCCAGACGUAUCUCGGGCUUUCAGUGGUACCUACACGGCGGCGACGUAUCACCCAUUCAUAAAAAGUAUAUCGAUUACAUUGGAUUUCAACGGUACUGCCAUUUGGGUUUUCUUCAUAAAUGCCAACAAUGCUGGGCCGGCUGUCACCACAAGGACGAUUGCCAACUUCACAAUGGACAAUGGCCCACCAGUCCUGUAUGAACACGUUCCGGACCCAAUGAAGACAGAAGUUGACUUUGACGUUCCGGCAUACUCGCGAGACGGUCUUAACAGCACCCAGCAUCGACUCGUCAUCUCUGCCUUCGGCGAUACGGACGUUUAUGUGAACUUCGACUAUGCCAUCUAUUCAGUCGAGGAUUCAGGCAUACCUUCUUCCACCGAAGUCCAAUUUCCUUCAACCGCCUCGUCUGAUUUAUCUGCUGCUACUGCGGCAGCAGCCCUCGACAACAGCACCCCCGGAAAGAGAGGUAUAGAUGGUGUGAGCGUGGCCAUUGGGCUCGCGAUCGCAUUUGCGACCCUGAUCAUCGGUUUCAUCCUGCUGCGACUUCUUCGCCAUCGACGAAAUGCCAAGAAAGCGCAUGGUGAAGAACUUGGUAUGAAAAAUCGAGGGUUCAAAUUCCAGAUGGACGUUGAUAACAACCCGCCUCCGAGCUCUGGCUAUAAGGAUAGAUCAUACACCGGAGACAGAGAGGACGGAACACUUCCUAUCCUCGCCCUCUCUUUCUACUCUGCUUUCGCCAAGCUAGUGAAUAGAACAAUCGACGACGGAUUUGGCGACUCAGAGACUGGCGUGCGUCCUGUGUACCGUCCAAGGCUGUCGGACAAUACUCCGACCAUAUGGAAGAACCAAGAUUGCUCGCCGCUUGACUGCGCAAUCUUGCCGGCUACGCGCAAAGCUUUCACUGGCACCUAUACGGCAGCAACGUAUUACCCCGACACGAGGAAUAUGUCUAUCACAUUCCAGUUUACCGGUCUGUAG